CUCCCCACGUCGCCUGAGACGGGAUUCCUCCACCCUGCUGUUAUAAAUAGGCCGGGAUCCUCCUUCUCCCAACAGAGCUCACCUCUCCAUUCACAAGCGCUCAUCUGAAGAGGACAGCGGAGCAAUGAAAGGUCUGAAGGCUCUCACGGCUUACGCGCUCGCGCUCCUUCUGUUGGCCACGUUUGUCUCAUACGCGUGCAGUGCGCCCAAGGGCACUCUCCAGCGCAGAAACUGGACCCCGCAGGCGAUGCUGUACCUUAAAGGCACACAGGGACGCCGCUUCGUGUCAGAGGACAGGAACGAGGGGGAUGUUUACGACUCUCUCCACUUAGAAUCACGGAGUCAGAACACAGAGAACCUGAGUGUGUCUAAGGCUGCGACGGUGCUGCUUAACUUCCUCCAGCAAGUCAAAGAGGAAGCAGAGGAUAACGGAUUCUUUUUUCAAGACAUACCAGCCUGGAAAAGGGACUACUUCUGAGGAGCUGCCUGUGUAAAAUAGCUGAACUGUACAGUUUUCCUCUUUAUUUUUCACCUUGUGUUGUUUAAUGAACUCUCAGUAUUUAAUGCAGUGUAAAAUACUACAUGCUGUACUUUAAGUGUGCUUCAUAUGAGUGUUUGUGGUGGUGAUUAAACUGAAUUUGCAUUCAUA